AUUAGGAAGGGUUAGAGGAUCAGAUGAUGAUCUGCACCUUACUUCUGACCUGAAGAUAAGACUGCUCAUGAUCGAAUGUGCAAAUCUGAGACUUCUGACCUUGUAAAGGAAUCCUGUUUGUAAAUUAUUUUGGACCAAGAAACUCAGAAAAUGUCUCAUGUUUUUGGAUGCAUUCUCUUUCUUUAUCUUCUCCCAUCAGUGGUUCCUCUGUUGUGUUAUACAUGUGUAUUUCCUUCAAUCUCACCACUGGACUGCCUCAAGUUCCCCACUAAAUGUUCACUGGGCCAAGUCUGUCUCUCCAGCAAAGCUGUUGCCCGUCGAGGGGAUUUGCAGAUUGAUUUUUAUGAAAAGAGUUGUGCUCUUCCAGCUCUGUGUGGAUUAACAGGAGAGAAGUACAUCCAAGGGUUAAACUUCACCUUUCGGAGUGACUGCUGUGAUACUCUACUGUGCAACCGCAGCACAACUAAUUCUGCUUUCAUCUGGUCCGGCAUUCUGCUCUCACUUCUUUUGACAUUGUUUUAUUCACAGUAAGCAUGAUUGAAGGACUCUAUUACCAAAUUGAAAGAAAAGAAACAAGGCAGAAUUAACAACCACAAAACCUUUUGGGGGAAAUGUUAAUUAAAAUAAGGCUGCUGUGUAGGCUAAAUUAAUGCAUUCAUAUUCAUAUUAACAAUCUUUCUCAAGUUGUUCCAAACCACCCUUUUCUGUUGAACACACACACACACACACAAAUGAUUUUGAAGAAUGAUGAAAACCUGUAACCCUUUUACUUUUAUAGUAGGAAAAUUAUGGCUGUCAAUGACAUGCAUUUUUCAAAAUCUCUUCAUUUAUUAACAGAAGAAAGAUGCUCCGUUUUCAAACAAGUAUUGGGUGAGCUAUUCCAUUAAGAAAAUACAAGAACACUCAUGUAUCUUAAUCUUUAAUUCAAAUGUCUAACAAGACUGUUUCUAUCAGCAUUGCUUCAUUACAUAUGGAUAUAUUUAACUGAAAAUAAAAACAUUUUGGUGUGUCUAA